AUCCAAAUAAUCCACAUCAAUCUAACAAGCUCAAUCUAUAUUUGAUAUAUAUAUAUAUAUAUAUAUAUAGAUAGAUAGAUAAGAGGUCUCUAGAAGUAAAGAGUGUUUGUUGUUCCUAUGGAGAUGAUGAUGAUGAUGAAAAACACUUGCUACUACAAAGAACCAUCACCACCCAAUAAGAGCCGGAGGAGGAACCACCACCACCCCGCCACCGCAAGUCGCCGCCGUGACUUCUUCCAAGAUUUACCCGAUGAUCUCCUCCUCGUCAUCCUCUCCAAGCUCUCCAUCUCCGCCACAUCCCCUUCCCAUUUUAUCAACCUUUCCAUCACAUGCAAACGAUUUCACGCCUUGUCCCUUCAACCCAUGGUUCUAUCCAAAGCUUCAACAAACAUACUAGCCGUUAAACCCAACAACUGGUCCGACUCCGCUCACCGCUUCCUAAAACUAUGCGCCGACUCCGGCAAUAUCGAAGCCUCUUACAUUCUCGGCAUGAUUCGAUUCUACUGCCUGCAAAAUCGAGUAAGCGGAGCCUCACUCAUGGCCAAAGCUGCCAUUCACUCCCACCCCUCCGCUCUCUACUCGCUUGCCAUUAUUCACUUCAACGGUAGCGGCGGCACCAAGAACAACAAAGACCUCCGAGCAGGCUUCUCUCUCUGCGCCAGAGCAGCCUUCCUUGGCCAUGUCGACGCACUUCGAGAAAUAGGCCACUCCCUUCAAGACGGCUAUGGCGUUCGCCAAAACAUCUCCUACGCCCGCCGUUUCCUUCUCCAAGCCAACGCCCGAGAUCUAAACAGGGAAGAACCACCUCAUCCUGCCAACCGCUUCCUUACCGAGUGGUUCUGCAGCCGAGGUUUCCAGCUAUGCUCACAAGCGACAUGUGGACGUCCCGAGACAAGGAGGCAUGAGUUUCGCCGGUGCUCAGUUUGCGAGAAGGUUAAUUACUGCUCACGGGCAUGUCAAGCACUUGACUGGAAGAUACGCCAUAAGAAGGACUGUGCACCACCCAUGGAUCAAAAUGGAAGAUGAUAAUAUUACAGUUUGAGAAGAAGAAAUCAAUCAAUCAAUAUAUGCAGCAGCAGCAGCAAAUUUAGUAAUUUUUCUAGUAACUUCAGACUUCAGUUGUUGUUGGAA